UUUUAAAGUGUGGUCACGUAUUUGUCUGCUUGACAUUUCAUCUUCUCUGGUCGGUGGGAGCCGGCGGUUCUUCUGGGUAGAACCAUCAUGAAGAACAUUUCAUUAAAAGUCUCGUUCCUGGUUCUGCUGCUGGGUUUGGUCGACGCUCAGCCAAAAAAGAACAACUGGGACAUCUACAGCUUCCACAUCAACUGCUCCGUCAGCGGUCGCUACGCCACCACCCUCAUCGCCAGCCGCGUGGCCAAUCGGAUGAAUGAGUCCAAGGAAAUAGAAUUCCACGUCCGGAUUCCCAAGAAUGCAUUCAUCAGUAAAUUCAGGAUGUUCUUGGACGGACAGUACUACGAUGGUGCUGUGAAAGCCAAGGAAGAAGCCCAGCAGCAGUACACCGGGGCGGUGUCCCGGGGGGAAAGUGCCGGGCUCGUCAGGGCUGUGGGCCGGACCCUGGAGGAGUUCAAGACCUCGGUGAAUGUGGCCGCUCACCAAAAGGUGACGUUUGAACUCACCUACGAGGAGUUGCUGAAACGCAAACACGGCAAGUACAAGGUACAAAUCCACGCCCAACCCAUGCAGCCGGUCAAAGACUUCAAGGUGGACGUUUAUAUCAAGGAGAAAGAAGGCAUUAAUUUACUCCAGGUUAAAGGAAGUCUGAGCAGCAGCGGCCUGAACGACACCAUCACCAAAACACUUGCGGACAAAGAGGCCUCGGUUCACUUCUACCCCACAGUGGAGCAACAGAAAACCUGUAGCGGCUGUGGAGGGAAGGGCCUGGACGGAGAUCUGAUCGUUGUUUACGAUGUCAACAGAGACGAGCCAUUUGGAGAAAUUGAGGUGUCAGAAGGAUACUUUGUCCAUCACUUCGCUCCGUCCAAUAUUCCCCGCAUACCGAAGAGUGUGGUCUUUGUCAUUGAUCAGAGCGGCUCCAUGCACGGCAGGAAAAUUGAACAGACCAGGAUAGCCUUACUUCAUAUUCUAUCGGAUCUGGCCGAAGAGGACUUCUUUGGUCUCAUCUCGUUCGACAGUAGUAUUUUUCACUGGAAGCCUGAACUUGUCCAGGCCACACCUGGAAACCUGGAGGACGCCAAGGCGUUUGUCAGAAACAUUCGUGACAGAGGGGCCACAGACAUUAAUGAUGCAGUCCUGCAAGGAACACGUAUGCUGAAGGUUAGUUCCAGACCCGGGGUCGCGUCCAUCCUCGUCCUACUCACUGACGGAGAUCCAACCUCAGGUGUAACUAAUUUAGAAGUCAUUCAGUCCAAUGUGCGGGAGGCGAUCGCGGGAAGUUUCCCUCUCUACUGUCUCGGCUUUGGUUUUGACGUCAACUUUGACUUCCUCAAGAAGAUGUCCCUACAGAACAGUGGUUCCGCACGGAGGAUUUAUGAAGAUUCUGACGCCGAUUUACAACUGCAGGGUUUCUACGAAGAGGUGGCGACUCCUCUGUUGACCGAUGUGACAAUGAUUUAUGUAGGCGGGGCCAAUUUGACCCAGACGAACUUCAGCCAGUACUACAACGGCUCGGAGAUCGUGGUGGCCGGUGAGAUCACCAACAACGACAUUGAAACCUUCAGUCCUGGGGCUGUGGCCUUUUCUAGAACCAAAAAAAUCAUCUUUGAAAAAGCAACUCCCAUCAAGGAGCGACCUGAAGCCGUUUCUGAUGUUCACAUCCAGAGAGUUUGGGCUUUUCUCACCGUCAAACAACUUCUAGAUAAAGAACUUCAGGCGUCUGGGCCGGAGCGGGAGACAAUCAAGAAAAAAGCCCUGGAGCUGUCGCUGAUGUACAGUUUUGUGACACCGCUUACAUCCAUGGUGGUCACGAAGCCUCCAGGAGAAAACGCAGAUGUGUUGGACAAACCUAAAGAGGACAAAGAGUCGCUUCACACACAGGGUUAUUUGGCCCAUUCCCCGCCGUACCCUAGCGGCAGAUUUAUGUUGACAAGACCAAGACCAAAAGGAGCAAAAGUCCAUACAGCUCCUUCAAGAGGUUCGGCAUUUCGGCCUGGUCUGGGAAGUAGCCCGCCAUCUUUGAAAGAUCCAUUGAUGAGAACAUAUCCAUCUCUACCAGAUCUAUCGUAUGGUAAUCUUCUCCAAGUUGUCCAGCCUCCAAUAGUAGAUCAAGAAGAUGUUUUUUACUAUGGUGCAGACCAUGCUGAUCUAGACCAUUCUCCUCCAUUCAUUCUUUCUACAUUCAUUGCUCCUACAGACAUUCCUCCUACAGGAGUUCUUAUUUCUCACAGGUUUUUGCUCAAAGGUCAGCCAGUACCGAUCUGCUUCGAUGUCGAUGGAAAUAUUACCCUAAAACUGCUCCAUGUUCCUGACAGAGACCUGAUUGUGACUGGGGAGCUGGGCCACUUCCAAAGCGAAGGCUUCUUGUGGGUCACCAUUCAACUCACUGCUGACCUGGACAUCAGGAUUGGUCCAGGAGAUAUCACUGUACAUGACCAUGGUCAGAGGAGCGUCUACACUCAAGAGGAACACAACAUAACAGUUGGAAGUCUGACAGUGACUAAACACAACAGGGAAGUAGACGUUGUAGCCGGAGAUGUUCGAAUUGUCAUCUUGCUGCAUGAGAGUCACGGUAAACCGUUCCUGUGGCCGGUGUUGAAGGAACGGCCGAACAACAACGAGAACCUGGAAGGCAUUUUAGGUCUGAAGCCAACGAGUUACGAGGAGGUGCAGCAAACCCCGGUGACCAAAGUGAAGAUCAACGACCGGGAGAUUGACGUCAUCAGAUCCACAGCCACAGACCACAGCGCUGCCUCGUCCUCACCGGUGGACUGCUGGUGGAUGGCUGCUGACGACGCACUGCAGAGACCUCUCAAUCACUUCACUGUCUAAAAAAUCUCUAAGAGCAAAUAAAAGGUUGAAAAAAAAAAGGAAACACUUGUUCACCAAGAGGGAAUGGUUCUACCUCCUAACAUUGAAAAUAAAUGGGAUUGAUCUUAGA